AUGCGCACCCUCCUCGCCAGACUUGCCGUCCUCACUACCGCGCUGCCGGCAGCGCGAGCUGUCCUGGUCAACCCAGACUCGCCCUGUCUGACAAAGUGCGGCAACGUCAUCGAUUCUACGUCCCAGACUGAUAUAGCAUGCGGCGACGACAGCUUCGGCGCGGGUGACAGCCAAAUCUUCAAGGGAUGUGUCCAGUGCGAGAUCAAUAGCCAUUAUGUCGGACCUGGAAACGAGACUGAUGUCACUGCAGCGCUUUACAAUAUGCGAUAUACUCUUUCAUCCUGUCUCUUUGGUAUCCCUGGGGCAGAUCAUAUGCUCAGCAGCAACCCUUGCGUUACCAGCAAGGCUUGUGCAAACUUCAUGAAUGGCACCAUCUUUGACAAGGUGGCCGCUAAAGAUCAUGGUUACGAAUACUGUAACCUCUGGCCCUCAGGCGACGAUGAAGACUUCCGUGGCUGUAGAGACUGCCUGGCGGCAGGUCACAACAUUCUGGCUAAUUUCGUAGUAAUGCUCCAGGCUGGAUGCCUUCAGCAGCCAGUGCUCGGGGUCUCCGUUGGUGUUGACGGUGACCCUUUUUCCACGAAUAUCCUCAGAAUCACUUCACCAACACCGAUUGCGACGGCUAAUCCCGCCUGGUUUGACAGCGGCCCCCUUAACCUCAAUGCCAAGGUUGGCAUUGCCGUGGGUGGCCUUGUGCUCCUUUUAAUCGUUUCGGGCAUCUUAAUUGUAUGGAAUGGGAAGAGGAGACGCAGGGCCUACCUUCGCAAACUUGAAGCAAUUUAUACGCCGAACAAGGGGUGGCCAGCACCCCAGAGCCCGGGCGGUGGCAUGUUCGAGACGCCUGUCAGCCAGCGACCUUUAAUGACUGGCUGGGGUGACUCGCCCAUGACCGAGCCGAGUGAGAGGCCGUUCCCGCGCUACGUCUCACCCUACUCGUCUCAAUUCAACAGCCCGACCAGCGCCACUGACAUGACCUCGAUGCCCUGGCCCAGCGCUGCGCUCGCGCGAGACCAUCAAAUCGGCGUGGCCCAUGGUGGUGAUGACAACGACGACGUUGGAGAGGAAGGCAAGGGGAAGGGUGCUCCUGAAUCUUACGAGAUGCAUACUGUCGUGGGCAGUGCUGGCGGCGCGUCAACGACUCGUCAUCUCGCAGCCGAUGCCCCCGUUCUGGGCCAUCCCGGGCAAGGGCGAAACUCGAUCAGCCCUACCAAACGGUCCUUGAAUGAAGAAGACUUCAAAAAUGGAAAUGCGAUAUGA